GGUGGGAGUGGAGAUAUUACUUCCGGGUUAGCCUGUUGACCUUGGUUAGUGGGUAUCGUCAUGGCGGCCCUAGUCAGACUUGGAUCUGUCUGUCAUAGAGGUGUCAAUCCUCUUCGUAGUGUUCUUCACGCAAGACUACUGGUCGGACAACAGAGGGACGCAGAGCGACCUUAUCUUUUGACAACCAAGAUACAUACAUCAACUCCAAGUUACUCUGGCUCUGGGUCCAAAGCUGCCUCUCUGCACUGGACAGGAGAACGGCUUGUGAGUAUCAUACUUCUGGGUCUGGGCCCACUCGCCUACUUCUGCCCUGGCCCCCUCGUCGACUACCCUUUGGCCGCAACACUAGCUCUCCAUGGACACUGGGGGAUUGGCCAAGUAUUAACAGACUACGUUCACGGAGACUCCAAGAUCAAGAUGGCCAACACGAGUUUAUUUAUACUGUCCACAGUCACAUUUGCUGGUCUCUGCUACUUCAACUACAACGAUGUGGGCAUCUGCAAAGCUGUGGCCCUCUUAUGGAAUAAAUAAAUGGACUUGAGACUGCUUAAGGGAACCUUUGGGCACGUGGACUUUGUCAUCUUGUUCCAUCUGAAUGUGUGCUUUUAUGGGAUAUGUAAAUUCUAUAAAUAUAUAUAAUUUUUGACAGUGAUUACAUUGAUUCGCAAGUAUUUUGAAAUUGUACGUCAUGGGGAUUCCUGCUUUUGGCUCCCCCCCCACUCAAGUUCAACUGAAGUGUUCUGUUUGAAAAUACGGUCCUAUCUUUUAUUGCUAAUGAGGCAAAAGAGGUUUGCUUUUUUUUUUUUUUUUCACCCAAUCCAAGGUGCAUUUUCUGUGUAUUACUUUGUUUGCCAAGGAAAGGAAGAAUUAUAUUUUUAUGAAUCCUUUAAAUUUAAAGGAAGAUGUACAAUUCAGCUUGAUGUCCACAAGAAUCUAAAACAUAUAUUUUCCCCACUGUAUUUCUUUUUAAGAAAUGUUUACCAGACAAACAGCAUGUGGACCUAAUUGAAAUUUUACCACCAGUGGUCCAUGAUCACUUUCUGAUACGUAUAUAUUCUGUCAGUCUAGGUCUUGUAUGUUUGAGUUAUUUAUUAUAGUAAAGAUUAUCUAUGUUCUUAUCCAGUCUCAAAACAAGACGGAUACUAAUGUCAGCAUUUUGUUGGCAGGUAUAGCAAUAUUGUCACCACAAGACUACAACUUUUGUCAUGGUUUAAUCGUUAAUAGAAGGGAAUAUUUUAGUAAAGUUUGGCCCUCCUGUAUGGAUUUGAAUAUUGUUCUAACAAAUGUCCAUUUUUUUUUUGUCUGCUGGUCUCUGUGGAUAUGAACAACUGAACUGUUUGUAUGAUAAUAGGAUGUCAUAAGAGAAAACCUGUCAUAAAAAUAACCCCCGAUCUCACAGGAGAUGCAAGCAGCCGUUAUUGAAACAGCCCCCACACCUACAACUCAGGUUUGUGUGUUUGGAAAAUGACAGUGGCAGUGUUUGCAGAAAUCAGUUCAAAAUAUGUUGUAAUAUUUGUAAUGGGUACUAGGUCUUCAUAUUGCUUACCCAUAUGUAACUGUUAGAUUCAAGGAGAUUUGAGUCCAGUUGUGUUGAUUGUACCCAAGCAGUUGAAUUCAGUAAUGUCAUUAAUCACAUACAUCGUAACUGUACGCACAAACUAGCUUUCUGAUAAAGGUAAGGCACACUGAGCAGCUUAAUAAUUGUAUUGGUCUUACAUAUUGUUUGCCUUCUCAAUAAAUAGCCAUGACUUUCAUGCCAAAUUCUCGGAUGGUCCAUAUGUAUUGCUAAAUCUCAAUGCCUAUAAGAAGCCUGUCGAGCAAUGCUUCAUUGUUUUAGGUAUUGUAAUACGGUGUCUGUGUACCAAUCUACAUGACAAUAAAUGCAGUUCAUCUGGGAAAA